AUGUCUGCAACACGGUACCGUCGGUUCUUGAAACUCUGCGAAGAAUGGCCACGGGACGAAUCAAAGAAAGGCCGUGAUUUAGGAACGUUUCUAAGACAGAGAGUAGCCCAUGCCUUUCGUGAAGGUGAAAACACACAGGUAAAACGAUUCCACUUCAUAUGUCGCACGAGAACGCCAACCAAUGUGGCUAGAUAGCUUCAGGCAGAAAUUUAGCUAGCGUUGGAUGAUGAUGAUGAUGAUGAUGAUGAUGAGAGGGCACCCGUCCAUAUCGACCUUGCAGUUACAUGCUAAACAAGCGUCAUGUUUAGUAAUGAAAAACGCAACCUGUAGAGCUAUUUUCAAAUGUUUUUCAAGAGAUUUUAUUGAGUUGUGAGACACGACAGUCCAAACAAUCAUGCAGUAGGCUAAGUGCAGCAUCACAGAGGGGGUGGUUUACUUAUAAAAGGCAAAGGCAUAAUCUGUCAUUUGAAAAGCCUUCUUCUGCCACUGUUAGGUAAAUUGAGGAAUGGGGCUGAGGAAAUGUAGCCUGACCUAAUAUUAACAUGAUGGUUUUAGACAUUUCGAAACUAUACAUUAGUUAUUUGCACACUUAUUUUGAAGUUGAACUGCAUGAAAUCUUACAGAUUGUUCCCCCAAAUCUUACAAAAUGCCCUUAUUUGUAUGUGGAUAGUUGCUAGAUGUGGAUAUUGUAUGGAUCCCCUAUUAACUGUUCUGAUCUUUCUUGACAGCUCUCGGAUCCAGAGAAGUGUGAUCAAAUGUAUGAAAGCUUGGCACGGAUUAACACUAACGUAUACAGAGAACGAGUAAGUAUUCCCUUAUAUCCCUAUUGAUAUUGUAUUGGCUUUAAUGUAGAGACUAUCAUAUCAUAGCAUAGGCCUAACCAACCGAUAGGCCCAAAUCCACAGCCGGGACCACAAAGAACGAUAUCUGUCCAUUACCUGAUACAUUUGCUUCUUGCAGCAGCUAUGAGAGCUUGGAAUCAGCCAAGUGAUGUCAGUCAGGGUUAUCACCUUUAACUCCUGUAAUAUCUGUUCACAGUUCCCCCGCACAAGAGACACCAGUUUUACAGGUGUCACAGUGGAAGAAUGUAGAAUGAUAUUAGCAACAGGUAUGGACACAAUGUCUCUACAUAUCCAUUUUCCCAAGUAUAUCACUUUAUUUAUUAAUUUAUACUUGCAGCUAUGUGAAUAUGACAGUGGCUAGUUAUGUUGCAAUAAAUUAGCCAUCACAAGUGAAAUGCUUCUGUAUUUAUUUUGAGGACAUACACACCUCCCUAUUUCUCUUCAAUGAUAACAAAUGUUCUAUUAUUAUUUAAUGUCUUCUACUACUGUCAAUUGUAGACACAUCAUUGAAAUAAGCAUAGACUACUAUAUCAGUCAUGAUAUUGUCUCAAAAACAACACCUGAAGUGUUAAUUGGCCUCAUAGCACCAUCUAGUGGACUUUGAGGAUACCAACAUGUUCAUAGAAGCUUUUUCCUUAGAGAGGAGAGACAGACUAGCACUAGCCUGGGGGCCCUCUGGCAGACUAGACACCCGCACACUUUCAGCAGGAGGCUGGCACCCAGUCUGCAAGAGAGCCGAAACAGCAGACUGGCACCCAGGCUAAAGGAACUCCACAGGGUGGUAAUGGUUCUGAUGUCUCUCUAACCCCUCUCUUGUCUCUUCACUCUCAGGUAGCAUGCAGCAGAUGGAUGAAGAGAAGAAGGGCUUGUGGAAAACUCUCACAGAGCGAUUCUCCACCAAACCAGAAGAUGUCACCCCUGAGAAGGCUCCUGAAAACAAGUAG